CGAAGAUAGAAGGACAAAAUAGGGGGAAAGGAAAAAACAAGAUUGGAGUUCGUUAGAGAGAAGAUCCAGAGCAGCAGCCAGAUGAAUCCAUUAAGCAAAUUUGUCCAAGAUCUGACAAAAUAUUAUUGAUAAUUGAUGUUGUGUUUUACAGUUCCUGUACUUUUCUGACUGCCAAUCUCUGCAAUCUGAGUUCAAACUUCUUCACCGAUCGGAAUCGGAUCCUCCCGCCGUCUUCGAAGCAUCCGGCGAGCGUGAGAGAGAGAGAGGUGGGGUUCUGGUUUAGGGCACAGCGUAAAUGGAUGAGGUGAUGACGGUUGGGGAUGCGGUCUCGUCUUCCAUUAAAACGUCGUCGUCUUCACUGGCACCGGCCCCUGUGCUCGCUUCCAACCUCCCUCUCCUCUCCGCGUUCCUCGCCGGCGCCAUUGCCCAGUUUCUAAAGCUCUUUACCACCUGGUAUAAGGAAAGAAAAUGGGAAUCUAAACGGAUGAUUGAUUCUGGCGGAAUGCCUUCAUCUCACUCUGCAACUGUCACAGCUUUGGCUAUUGCUAUUGCCCUGCAGGAUGGAUCCGGAGGACCCGCUUUCGCCGUCGCCGUGGUCUUUGCAUGUGUCGUAAUGUAUGAUGCUUCGGGUGUUAGACUUCAUGCUGGUCGUCAAGCCGAGUUGCUAAACCAAAUAGUUUGUGAGUUUCCUCCCGAGCAUCCUUUGUCCAGUAUUAGACCAUUGCGAGAUUCACUUGGGCAUACUCCACUUCAGGUUGUUGCAGGUGCUGUGUUGGGAUGUCUAGUAGCUUAUUUAACCAGAAAUUAAAAUUAAAUAAUCGAAUUUGAUCAUGGGGAUCAACUACAACAUAUGAUCCAUAGGAUGCGCUCGAACCUCGAAAGAAAGUGUAAAGAAAAAAAAAAGGGGUGCUGCUAAGGUAUUGGACUGGGUUAUUCUUCUUCCAUAAUUGGAUUCAGAUCAAUACAGAAAUGAAUAUAUUCUUUGUUUCCGGCCUCGUUAUUGCCAGUCUUUAUAA